UAUCAGAAACGAGACUAAGGUCGAGAAUAGUUUCACCACGGCAAGAAAAAUGACGACGGCAUGGCAGCAAAACCAAGCAUCAGCAGCGACACAAGCAGCCAUGUGGUCACAACAAUAUGACCCCUCUAAUCCAACUGGGAAUGAGAAUCCACACUGGGCUCAAGCAAGAAAAGCAUUGGAGAAAGCUCAGGAAGAAAGUGGCAAGAAGAAAACCACUCAAGACAAUUCAGCACAAAACAAUGCUCACCUUAAUGUGUUUGCAAACAAUCCCAAUGCUGCAUACUAUUAUCAACAGGUUUCGUUCUUUCAAAACCAAAGGAACAGUAUGGGAGGACCUAUGGGUGGCCCUGGUCCAAUGGGUGGACCUGGACCAAUAGGACCAGGUUAUACACCAUACAGACAACAACCUCCAAUGCCAAACCAGAUGAUGUAUGGAGCGCCACCACCACCCCCUACUCAGGAACCCCCAGGACCUGAUGGUGGUAGGCCAAGGUUUCCAGGAAAUACUGGAAAUGAACAACCUCCUCCACCCCCUCCUCAAUUCAAACCUCGACCAUUCAACAAUUUCCAACAUAGACCAAGAAACCCUCCAGGUACAAAUGGAAUUAGAUUCCAGCUACCCAAAAAAGGCUUAAAAGCAUCUCAGCCAUUCGCAGGCCAGAGAAGAUUUCAGUCGCCAUAUUCUAAGGAAGCAAAAGCAAACAAUGAAAAUCAGAAACAGAUUGGUGAGAUUCAGAAGUCUUCAGAUUCCACCCAGUUGGUCCAGACACCUGGAAAAGAAGGCAAUGAAAGUAACCGUCCUGGAGCUACUGCAGCAGCUGAGCCAGCCAUGCAGGAUUGGCCAGAGGACUUAAAAAAAUAUGUGCAGAGAGCUUUUGCCAGUGUACCUCAGAGUUAUAAAGAUCAGAUGGAAGCAGUGCUGAAAGAGAAACUGACAAUCUCUUUUAAAAAGAGUGAAUCUUGGGCUGUAGACUGGGAUAAUGAGCCUUUGCCAAUCAUUGAAAAUUUAAGUCCAUCACCAAAAGUAUUUGGCAAGCAACGUUGGGGUGAAGGUAGAGGCAGAGGAGGAAGAGGUCGAGGUCGUAUGUCUCCAGCAAAGGGACCAGUGAAAAACCUCUACAGUAAAGACAGGGUACCUACCUAUAGGAGGUCAAGGUCAUUUUCUAGUGACAGUUACAGUUCUUCAAGGUCAAGGUCUAGAUCACCAAGGCGGAAGAAAGAGAGGAAAUCUCGCUCCAGCCGCAAACGACACAGCAGCAGUGACAGUGAUACCUCAACAAGUUCAAGAAGUACUCCACUUUCAUUAAGUUCAAGAGGCUCUGUCAUGAGUCCCCGGGGAAGGGGGAAAAAUCAAAGAGGUCGUGGAAGAGGAAGAGGCAAGGAUGAUAAGAAAGCACGAACCCCAAAUAAACUGAACAAAAAUGCAAAAAAUAUCAAGAAAAGGGGCAAAAAUUUUUUUGUUCCUGAAGAGGAUGAUAAUGAUCCAGAGAAGGCAGCCAGGCUACUGAAGAGAGCUGCCAGGUUUGGCCAUCAUUUGGGGAACGAUGCAAAAAAGAGAAAAUCAGAGUUUACUCUCAAUAUCAAUAACUUCAAUAAUUCUGAUGAGGAGGAUCUGGACCUUGCUAGCUUUAAUAUCAUAGGAACAUGUGAGGAUUUAGAGAAGCCUUAUUUACGACUUACAAAGGCACCAGAGGCAUGGCAGGUAAGGCCAACAGCAGUACUGAAGAAAUCACUGGCUAUGGUACAGGACCACUGGAAAACUAAAGGAGACUACCACUACGCCUGUGAACAGAUGAAAUCUAUUCGACAGGAUCUGACGGUUCAGGGGAUCAGAGACAAGUUUACGGUGCGGGUAUACGAGACGCAUGCUAGAAUCGCAAUGGAGAAAGGAGACCAUGAAGAAUUUAACCAGUGCCAAACUCAGCUGAAGCUUUUGUACAAUGAAGGAAUUGAAGGAAACCACUUAGAAUUCACAGCUUACAGAAUUCUCUAUUACAUAUUCACCUCCAAUACUCUUGAUAUGACAACUGCUUUGGCGUCCUUGACUCUUGAACACCGAGUAGACCAGUGCGUAAAGCAUGCCCUAGAAGUCAGAUCAGCUUGGGCACUUAAUAAUUAUCACAAAUUCUUUAUUUUAUAUCAGAAUGCUCCUAAAAUGUCAGGCUACCUUUUAGACUGGUUUGUAGAAAGAGCAAGAAAGACGGCUCUCAAGACCAUUACAAAAGCAUUUCGACCAAUGGUAGGAGUAUCUUUUGUCCAGAGUGAGUUAGGCUUCUCCGACUGGGAUAAAUGCGUCCAGUUUCUUAAAGAGAAGGGUGCAGUUUUUAAUGCUGAUAGUACCAAAUUGGACUGUAAAUUAAGUGCUGCUGCUCUUCAAGCAGUAUGAGGCCUAUCAUUUAAGAAUAAGUCGGGUCAUGAAGUCCUUGUUCAGGAUGGGUCCUUGCAAGCCCCUGUAUAGCUGAAGGCCAAAGAACCCCCAAUUAUUCCUGUUGCUAUAUGCCCAAGUAGUGCAUAGUGAGUGGGAGUUUGAAAUAUCCAUGGGAAGUAAUCAAAAGGGGGAAGUCAGUCCUGGAUUACAGGAAGUUGCCCUGUUCAUCAUGGAUGUCUGAUUCCGGUGUGUAAGUUUUCGAGCAUUUACGGAUGUGUUGUGAUUGAUGGAACGUGAUUAGCUACAUCUCUUCCUCAUGACCCGGGUCAUGGUGAUGAGAUGUGGUGGCCAGUACCACAAAGAGCAGUCUUGUGUUCAUAGACAUUGUUAUGAGAUGAGGCAGUGUUCAGUGAAGGAAGAUCUUUUUCUCCCAACAGUAGAUGCAAUAAACUUUGUAAAUAAGUCUGUAUAUUGGAGCUUUUAUGCAUGAUAUUUAAUUUAAGAGAGUUGUUUCAUGGUUGCGAUUGUGAUGUAUGACAUUGUUGCUGUUUAUCCGUGAAAUUUUGGAUGAGGUCCCUUCAUUAUAAAAUUCAAAUUGAUGUGUUAAUUUUGGAAAAUAUAGGUUGAGUCCUAAGAAGAACAAAUGAUACCAGCCGGUAGUUGGAUGUGUUCACCAUGCAGUUGAAAAGUGUGGGAGGGAAUUCUACAUUGUUUUCAUGAACAUUGUAAAUCAUUGUGUUUAAAAGUAGAAUAUCGAGGUUCCAGUUCUGAUGUUUAAGCAAGUAAAAUUCCUUGAUUUGUAUUUCAGAUCGGCUUUAUUUACCAGUAUUACUUACCAAUUAGGUCAUUGAUUUUUCCAGGGAAAAAAAUGCAUAUCGGUAUUGCAGUGUUGGACAUUAAUUUUUAAAAAAAAUUUAGCCUUUAGAUUUAUUGUAACAGGAGAUUCGUGGUCCAUUUAGUAUCAUCAGAAGUUUGUUCAGCAUGCUGGCCCAUUUAAAGUCGGGAUGAUUUGAAGAUUGAUGAUUCCAGUGUUAAAUGUUUUGUUUCUAAAUGACAAACUUUCCGUAGCCGGCAGACAUUUUGUCUAUGGACAGAGCUCCGUGAUCAUGUGUACAUGUAUUUAUAAAAUCUCUUUUUUCAGAAGCUGGGAAAUUCACUCUAGAUGCCAAUAAUAAUGGUUUGUAAUUGUCCAGUGCUGAAGCAGGCUUUGUCAUAUUCUGUUAAAUGUUUUAAAAUUUUUAAUAUCUGUGAUACUUUGUGCCAUGGCAACAGCUGGCUGUUGUUAGGCCGAUUGUCAUGAAUGAAUAUGCAUCAUUAAAUGAAACAAAAAGUUAAUACAGAAUAAAAAUUUUUAGACGUUU